AUGGAGAUAUGGACGCAGUGGCUGGUUCGAGUGGUGUUAUCGCGGCUAAUCCCAAUGUUGAUCAAUAUUUCGUCGAAACGGAAGCAUCUUUGGCACUCUGGAGUUGUGGAACAACAGAUACAAUGCGUCUUGUAUACCUUCUUCACCUUCGCCAACCUUGCCGCCCCCGUUUUUCUGCAUAAAUUUGGGACCAAAAAGACGUUGCUCACCUCUAUCAUCUGCUUCGUCAUAUAUUCCUCGAAUUUUCUAUUGAUCCGGAAUUAUGUGUACUUUCCGUGCUGUGCGUUUGCGGGGGUGGGGUUGGCGUUCUUUUUCUGCGGUUUCGGCGCCUACACGGCAAAACACUCGACGGCUCGAACCUUAUCUAGAACCCAAUCUUUCUCUUUUAUGCUAACCGGAAGCAGCAUGCUGCUCAGUGGGAGUUUCAUGAUCCUUACCUCGGCUAUUGCGAAGAGUCCAAACGCGGAGAUCCACGUCUUCCGGAUCGGGAUGAUUUUUGUGUCGGUAUUGGCGCUAAUUUUGUGCUCAUUAUUACCGAGUCGGAAAAUCAAAGGGGCGAUUUAUCAACGAGACAAGACAAAGACAGCUGGGGAUCAAUUUAAAAUGGUCCUCCGAGCCAUGCGCAACCCCGGUCUACUACGUCUCAUUCCUCUCUACAUCUUCUGCGGAACCUUUACCUGUUUUAUGAACUCAAUCUACACGACGACGGUCUCAUUCACCGAAUCCUUCGCCGACGACAGGGAUCUGGUCGCUUUUGUCUGCAUGAGCAUGUCGAUUGGAGAGUUGUCGGUCGGUCUUGCGAUGGGAUACCUUAAUCGAAAAGCCGCCGCGACUGGGUUUUUCUAUUACGCCAGCUCGAUCUGUACGGUGUAUAUUUUGAUGGGGCUGCUAGCUGGGCUUCUGAUGCUAGCCAAGAUGAACGACGAUCGGUUUAUGGCGAUGGCGGCAAUUUUGCUGGGUAUCGUCCAGUUGCUCGGAUUUUACGGCUUCGACAUGAUGGCUUUUCUCGUAGAACCCGUCUGCCAUUCAGUCCGGGAGCGGUGUCCAGAUUGCAUAAUCGAAUAUGCCGGAUAUUAUGGAGUAGCUAUCCUAUGCUUCUCCUACACCAUCGGAAACCUGAUUGCCCCCUGUCUUUUGCCGAUUUUCGGGUCCCAAGGCUGCCUGACCCUGUCAGCCCUGUGCUUUGCUUCUUACGCAGCAAAUUUUUUGUAUUUGCGAAACUAUUUCUAUUUUCCGGCCUGUGUCCUGGGCGGCUGGGGCUUUGCAUUUUUUUACGCUGGCGGUGGUUCCUAUGCACUGCGUCACUCCACGGAUCGUACGCUUUCCAGGAACCAGUCAAUCACCUGGAUGGUGGGAAGUGUCACUACCCUACUAAGCGGUAUUUUUCAAAUUGUCACUAAUACGGUGCUUGACGAGAUUCCGGAUGAGAAUAUCACUACGCUGGCAUAUGAGAACCAGGCUGCUUAUCGUGAUUUCUCGGAUUUGGAAAUCCGUAUCUUAUCCACCGGAAUGACAUUCAUAUUCCUGACGCUAUACCCGACCACACUCGCGUUCACCGAUUCUCUCGCCGGGGAGAAGAACACUGUGGCUUAUUACUGUAUCGCGGUAACGAUUGGGGAAGUGAUCGUCGGUCUGAUCAUCACAACGUUGAACAAGCGUGUCAAGGAUUUUGGCAUGGUGCCAGCGCUGUCAAUAACGACUGCAUUGACGGCCACGGUUGCCGCAUUAAUGAUAGCGUUUACACCAGCUCUAUCGUCAUUGGCACCAACCAAGGAGAUCUCACUUUUUGAGCCAAGCGCAACGGUCGCCAUCAUCCUCGGAAUUUUAUGCGGAGCCCUGGAUGGGGCGGCAAAUAAUUGCCGUAUGGUUUCGGCGGCAAAAUCCUUGCCAGCUGACCCAGCUAUUGGCUUCAGUGUUUCAAAGUUUUAUCAGGCAAUCGGCCAAACAACCUGCCUCUACCUCGGCGCCAUGUUUAAUAUGCAUCAGAUGAUCCUGCUGUCUGCGAGUAUGCUGAUUGCCGGUAUUUUCGGCUAUAUCCUCUUCCUACGCGGGCUCAGCAAUCGAAAGGUUUCAACCCAAAAGAUACCUCAU